AUGCUGGACCAUUUGAAGGAUCUUCUGACGGAAAUUCAUGAGAGAAAUCAAAGCGAUGAAGUCCUGGUCCACGAGGAAGAAUUCCUGCUUCAAUUGCAGCAGUUAUCCAGCUGGGAAAAGAUUUGCAUUGGGAAGCAACUGUACGCUUGCGAAUGGCAAGUGGGAAGUCCUCACUUGAUGUCCCUUUUGCAGCAAGAAGGUCUGUUCAAUGUCUGCCUCUAUCUCAGCAAUCUAGACAGCGCCAAUGAGGCGGAUAACAUUCUUAAUGAUUUGCUGGAAGUUGAGCAUUCACUCUUGGCCGAAGUCGUGCUCAGCGCUGGGAUUGAGAGUCCUCAAACAGAGAAACUCGUCUGCCUCCUUGAGAGAUGCUGCGAAAAUGCAUUGAAAGAUCUGCUAGCGAAUCCUAGUCUCAAAAUUCCCAACUAUCUGCACUGCCUUGAGGCAUUCCUGAGAGACGCUGAUUUGCAGCAAUUCCGUGACAUGCACUUGACGAUAUUAACAUCUAUACAUGAAUCUAAGAUUGUUCAUGCGCUAAAGAGUCAGAAAUGUUGGAUAAGUGAAGACGCUUUGGUAAGAAAUUCAUCCCUGGAAGAACUUUUGCGUCAAAUGAUCAAAAAGCCUCGACAAUCUCUUGAUUUGCUACUGAAGCUCAUGACAAAGACCAACUUUUCAGGAUGGAAAUUCUUUCUGGCUGUGAUAAACAUGAUUGUGAGGACUGCUUCUCAAGAAGAUUAUCUUCACUUUAAGAAAUACCUAGAGGGAUUUUUCUGGAAAGCCUGCUCCGCGAGAAGCGAACACCAAUUUCAGAUCUUCCUCCUCCUGGCCAGAGAGACUUCCUACGCUUUCGGGGAGAGGAAGAAAGCCACAUAUCUCGCGUGGUACAAGGCAACUAUCUCACAAAUGACAUAUAAACUACAACCCGAAGACUUCAAGAUCAUUCUAAGCUUCCUUGCGGAUUUAGCGCGAUUGGAGGAGGACAUGGAUUUCUUAGAUGUUCACAUCAAUAGUGCCGUUCCUGCUCCUCCCAGAUGCAAUGAACUUGUGCUCGACUUCAAGCAACUGACCAGGAUUCGUCACUGUGAACUGCUUCCACUCAACGAAUGCACUCAAGAAGACUGCGUAGUAUUUAUAGAUUGAAUCAAGAGAUUUAUUCGCAAAGAAA